AUGAGUAAGUUCGUUUCGCCAGGGAGUUAUAUGCCCAAUGGAGAAAUCCUUGCAGAGACAGGAACAAAUGUUACUGUGGAUAUUGACAAAGCGGCAGAUUUUGGAAGGCUUAAAUUAGGGGACAUGAAUGGGGAAGGUAUCAAUCCCGAUGCAGCACUCUUCCAACAUGGGCCGGAAAAUCCAGGUGGCAUAAUAACUAACUGGGAGGAACAACGAACAAGGGGAAGUCGCCGGAUAAGUAGAAAGCUGGUGGACAUUUCCAUCCUCAAGAACGUUUUAAAUGUGUAUUCCCUCUUUGACAGGGACAACGUUGGGCACAUUAAUAAGAAGUAUGCAUGCCAUGUAAUUCAGAUGAUUUAUAAAAAUGAUGCGAAAUUUAUGGUAGAAAAUUUUAAGUUAAAUGGAGAAGAUGCUGUUGGUGAGAACGAGCAAAGGGGAAAAUUCUGCGCAAAGUUGGAUGCGUUGAAGGGGCAGGCAUUUUUCUGCACCAAAUCCUUCGCAACCCUUUUGUUAAUGCUCUUGAGGGAAGUAUUCGCACUGCAACCUGUGGGCGAGUUUAUAACGAAGGAAGAUUUUAUUGAUGUUGUGACGCAAUUCGUACAGACUAGCACACAAGAUAAGAAUAGGCAUAUGUACGGAAUGAUGAAGUACCCACAAAAUAUGAUCACAAAAUUUUACAGCUAUGUACAUUAUUUGAAAGAAGUGGAUAGUGAACGAAAAAGGAAGGAAAUAAAAACUAAAAAAAAGACAAAGGAAUUGAAAAGCAUAUUGUUCCUGGAUGACCAAUUAGUAAAUGCCGACUUGGAUACUCACAUAAAACAUUUUAACGAAAAAACGAGAAAAAAGUUACACAACAUCAAGAUAGAAAAUGAUGCGCGAGAAAUGGAAGAAUGCACAUUUUCCCCAAAAAUUGCAAAGAAGCCACUGUAUUUGUUGAACAGAAAAUUUGAAACAAAAAUGAAAAAAUUAUAUGAAGGAGAAAUCAACAUCGCUGGAAAGAAUACCCCAAUUGGGAUAACCUACGACAUAGACGAUUCGAUUGAGAGAACGUUGCAUUUGCCGGAACGUGUCUCUUUCAAAAGUUACUAUGCCCCUUUUACAAGAAAUUUUAGCGAUUUGCAACAUUUACACGAUGAAUGUAAUGCCCAACCACAGAUCCAACUGAAGUAUAUAAUUCACCAGGGAUACAUGAGGCCGAAGAAAAUACACUGGAACGAUACCCUCAGGAAUAAACGAGUCGUUUCUCUUGGAGAAAUCGAUGAGGAUCUCGUACAUAGUAGGGAAAAUGUAAUGCAAAAGGUAAUCAAAGGCGGAGAACCACACGUGUAA